AUGACUUCCUCUUCCCGCAGCCGUUCUCGACCGCCUCGCCGCGACCUCGUUACUCGAAUUCACACCGACGCUCUGGAGACGCCCACUACUCUCUUUGGAGCUAUCGACAUAUCUAAUAGCCGAGUACACGACGACUCGAGCUCCUCUGAGUCUGACUUUCAACGAACCAAACCAACGGCAGCGCCUUCUCGCCAUGCACGCUCCAUAAGUAAUCCAUUUCCAUCGCUUCUCGGCACUCCCAAGAAGAGACAAGGCUCGACGGGCCACCUGCAGCCUGAUUUUGAGGAUCGGGGAGUUGGUGAUGGCGCCAUGUCCGGGCCAAGCGUUAAUAAGCACAAGCGUGCAGGGCCGGGUGGCAGUAAGGACUUUGCUACGGGCAAUUGUAUGACUUGCUCGUCAUUGAUGAGAUGGCCGAAAGAGUUGAAAGUUUUCAAGUGCACUAUUUGUACUACCAUUAAUGAUUUGGUGGUUCCGGGGAGUGAGGCUACGAAGUCCGGGUUUCUCGGGAGGCGACGUGAUGGAAGUGUUCAUGCGCGGUGUGAGAGUCUGACUGCUCAACCGAUUUCGCUCCAACAUUGUCGUCGACUCGUGAGACAGUGUAUUCACUCGUACGUUUCCAGGAAGUUGGCCCCGAGACCCAGCCCUGAUGCUUCAAUAUGGCCGUCACAUAAUGCAUCCCAAAGCAGCUCGGUAGCACAGGAUGCUUAUAGGAACCCUCAUGAUGCCUGCAAUGGACAUGUGGCGAGCCCAUUGUAUGCAAGGGAGCACGAUGGCUACACUGCAAAAUACGUCUUUGAAGAGCAACCUACUUUGCGCCCGAGUCACCUGCGACCAAACACCGCCGUUAGGUCAUAUUCGUCUUCAUAUCCAGAACGGCCGCCCCCACCAGUGAGGCCAACAAAUCCAAAUAAUCUAACGGCACACCGCAGAGGCCCUUCUUUGGGUGACCAAUGCGAACCAAAGAGGAUAUUCAAACCUCUCGAAGAGUACAUUGCGAAAGUUUUCAACUCCUUCGAAUCUUUAAAUUCAUCAUUUUCGACACAGGAUCGCGGUAGAGACGACCAACAGAUUGAACAAAUACGGCGGAAACCGGUACCAUCUCGAGGAAGGUCUGACUCUCAGUCCGGAACUACUCACUCGCGAGUAGAGGAGUCACUGCCGGGCAAUGCCAUGAAUGAGAUUGACCCGAAGAUACUUUUGAUUGGCGAUGUUGCGGAGAAUGGUUUGUGGUGGACGGGCGGACGUAUACCGCAUGGAACCCCGAAACAUCACACUACCCGGCGACCCGAGAGCCCUCCCCGGAAAUCGCCUUCUAGUGUGAAAAGUCCGAAUUUAAACUGGGACGAAAUUGAUGCGUGGUAUGCCAUGACCGUCAAUGCUGCAGCGGACUGGUUUGCUGUGUAUGAAGACAUUAGCAGGGAAUUCGCCAUUCAGCCCAAAACACAAAGAGAACUUCAAGCACUGGAGCACGAACUGCUUCAAGGGCAAGAGCAUACCCAGCGAAUGCUACUGAAGGCUACGGAGUCGUUGCUUAAGAGACCUGGCCGGCCCUUGACUAGUGCUGCGGACCUUCGCUUUCUCCUCAUCAUCAUGGAGAAUCCUUUAUUGCAUUCUAGUAUGAAGCCCUUUCGUGGCAUUUUACAGCCGGAUACUGUAGUUUCGGGGCCAUCUUCAGUAACUCCACCCAGGGGAAAGGUACUUCCAAGCUCUGGGCUCUUGUCUGGCCAGCAUUCAGGUAUCAUCAAGCGAGUCAUUGGGCUGUUAUCAACCACGUCAGCAGAAUGCCACACCCACCUCAUCGCAUGGUUCUCAAAAUUUGAGAAUUCACGUUUCAUUCGAACUAAAGAUUUGGUGUCUGGGUUUUUGAGCUACCGCUUGCUCCGACAAAUCGACAAGAAGCAACCAACUGAAGUCGAUAUUACGGCUGGUUUGAUACCGGAGAUGCGGGCUGACCGGUCCGGCGUCGGCUUUUACUUGCACGACGAAAUUAGAUCUGGGGGAGCCUCGAAAAAGAACGGACCAGCACAGAAAAUAGCAUACACUGAAGACUGGCAGAUCAAAGCGGCAUCCCGCGUGCUUGCACUUUUAUUCGCGGCCAACAACACUCCUGGAUCAAAGCAUGGCCAUCCGGCGGGAGCAACGGCGUCAGGCGUAAAUGUUGCCACUGGAUCAACCCGCGAUUACGGACACUCUGGUGGACAGCUUCUACCCACCACAGAUUUUUAUAACUCAAUGAUAGACUACGCUGAUCUAGUCGGUGAUUUUGAGUCUUGGGAAUCCAAGCGAUCCAAAUUUUCUUUCUGUCAGUACCCAUUUUUAAUGAGCAUUUGGGCCAAGACGCAUAUACUCGAGCAUGAUGCCCGGCGGCAGAUGCAGAUGAAGGCACGGGAUGCCUUCCUCGACAGCAUAAUGACCAAUCGAAAUGUAAAGCAAUAUUUGUCUCUGACUGUUCGCAGAGACUGUCUCGUAGAAGACAGCCUUACUGCGGUGAGCGAAGUCAUUGGAAGCGGAAGUGAGGAUAUCAAGAAGGGUCUCAGAAUUACUUUCAGCGGCGAAGAGGGUAUAGAUGGUGGCGGGCUGCGGAAGGAAUGGUUCUUGCUUCUCAUCCGGGAAGUCUUUAAUCCCGAUCAUGGGAUGUUUCUUUACGAUGAAGAUUCACAGUACUGUUACUUCAACCCCGCGACCUUUGAAACCUCGGAUCAAUUCUUCUUGGUCGGUGUUGUGAUGGGAUUGGCUAUUUACAAUUCCACCAUAUUGGAUGUCGCCCUACCGCCGUUUGCAUUCCGAAAGCUGCUGGCAGCUGCUCCAGCACACGGCUUGGGGAUGUCCUCUCGGCCACGCCCAUCAAUGCAGUAUACUCUAGACGAUUUGGCAGAGUACAGGCCCAGAGUAGCUCGUGGAUUGCGCCAGCUUCUGGACUUCGAGGGCGAUGUUGAAAACACCUUUUGCCUGGAUUUCGUGAUCGACACAGAGAAAUAUGGCACAAAAGUUCAAGUACCGCUUUGCCCUGGUGGCGAACGAAAAGCUGUUACGAACAGCAACCGAAGGGAGUAUGUUGACCUCUACGUUCGAUAUGUGUUGGAUACGGCGGUUACACGCCAAUUCGAACCGUUCAAAAGAGGUUUCUACACGGUAUGUGGAGGGAAUGCCUUUUCUCUAUUUCGACCUGAAGAAAUCGAGCUCCUUAUCAGAGGCUCAGAUGAAGCUCUUGACAUUGCUUCGUUGAGGGCUGUGGCCGAAUAUGAUAACUGGGGAAACCGCCAACCCGAAGGGAGCAGCCCGGUAGUCUCAUGGUUUUGGGAAACAUUUCAAGAGGCAGCACCGGCCAAUCAACGUAAGCUUCUUUCAUUCAUAACGGGAAGUGAUCGCAUCCCAGCAACAGGAGCAGCCAUGCUUCCAAUAAAGAUUUCGUGUCUUGGUGAAGACGUUGGGCGGUUUCCGAUUGCAAGAACAUGCUUCAACAUGAUAUCACUGUGGCAGUAUGGAUCGAAGCAAAAACUAGAAGCCAUGUUGUGGAGAGCUGUGUUUGAAAGUGAAGGAUUUGGCCUGAAGUAG